UCCCGCGCCAAGCCGAAAACCCUUUCGCGCUCUGCGCGCGGUCGCGCCCCUCCACGGCCCGGCCUUUUUCUUCCCCGCCCGCCUCCCUCUCCACGCCAUCCGCGCCCACCAUUCCUCCCCAAUCCCCCACAUCUGCCAAGUAACAGCCGAUUUCCCGUCCCGCCAGGCGGCGAUGCCGACCCUCCGCAGCGCCACGGCGGGCGCGUCCCCCGACGCCUCCAGCACGCCGCGCAGCGUCAAGCGCCGGCUGACGUCGCCCGACGCGUCGCGGCACACCUCCCCUCACCGAUCCCCGCACGCCGGCGCCGGAACGGUCUGCACGCCGAAGCUGCUGUCGGCGUCGCCCAAGUCCUCGAGGAAGCGGCUCUACGGCGACCUUGUCGCGGCCGAGAAGCCCAAGUGGAAUCCCCGAGGCAAGCCUCUCCAUUUCCUUUUCAGCCAGCCCAUGCGUUCGCUUGGUUGCUUUGUGCUGGGGCCUGAUGGCGAAUUGAAUUGGUCGUGCCACGCAGAUCCCGCGCAGAUGAGGGCUGUCAAGGAGGCGCUGCACGUGGCCACGGUGCCGAAGUGCGAAUUGGUUUGCCGGGACAAUGAGCAGAGGCGCGUGUUUGAGUUCUGCAGGGCGUGCGUCCAGCAGGAGAAGGCUGGGAGCCUGUAUGUGUGCGGGUGCCCCGGUACAGGGAAGACGUUAUCCAUUAACAAGGUCAAGGAGAGCUUGGUGUGUUGGGCAGAUGAGAUGGGAAUGGAGACACCUGACUCACUAACAAUCAAUUGUACAAACCUAGCAAAAACAUCCGAGAUUUUUAGCAAGAUACUAGGACAAUUUCAGAACCGUAAGAAGGGAACCAGCAAACUGUCACCACUUCAGCAACUUCAGAGCAUGUUUUCCAACAAGGAAUCAGCUUCAAGAAGAAUGAUGUUGGUCAUUGUGGAUGAGAUGGACUACUUAAUAACAAGAGAUCGGGCUGUGCUACAUGAUCUUUUCAUGCUUACGACUUACCCAUAUUCAAGAUGCAUACUAAUAGGAAUUGCGAAUGCCAUAGACCUAGCAGAUCGCUUUCUUCCAAAGCUUGAAUCCUUAAAUUGCAAACCUCUUGUUGUAACUUUCCGUGCUUAUUCCAAGGAUCAAAUAUCUGACAUAAUUAAGCAUAGAUUAAAGGUUCUAGAGUAUGAUGUUUUUGAACCACUGGCCCUGGAGUUUUGUGCUAGAAAAGUCGCAGCAGCCACUGGUGACAUGAGAAAGGCUCUAGGUGUCUGCAGGAGUGCUGUGGAGGUUCUUGAAGCAAGGCUACAAGAUUCUUCUGAUCAAGAAUUAGGAAUAGUGACAUUUGACCAUAUGGAUAUAGCCUUGUCAAAGGCAUUCAAGUCAGCAGUAGUAGAUAGCAUACUGUGCCUUCCCCAACAACAACAGAUGGUACUUUGUGCAUUGACAAAUACUUUCCAGCAUUGCAAGAAAAAGGCUACUACUCUAGGAGAGCUCAACAAAUCAUACAUCGAAAUCUGUAGAACAACCCAAGUCCCAGCAGUUGGAAUGCUUGAAUUUUCUAACAUGUGCAUGAUUUUGAGUGAUCAGGGAUUCAUGAAGUUAGGGCAAUCCAAGGAAGAUAAGCUUAGGAGAGUGACACUUCAGAUUGACAUUUCAGAUAUUGGUUUUGCGUUUAAGGGAAAUCGUUUCUUUCAAAAAUGCCUGGAGCAGCCAAGAUGCUAGCUAGACUCAGUUACACCAUGCAGCUAAUUGUGGCUAUACAUUUUUUGUUUGUUGGUAUUUUGGAGUACCAACAACUACAACCCUGGAUGCGCAAACACUCAGGUGUUUUCAUUCUACAUGGAUUGCGGAGAGAAGUGUACAUGUGACGAGUUAAAUUUUCUAUACACAAUUCUUGCAAAAGAUAGCUGACUGUAUUCUGAUUUAUUUUUUUUCAAUUUUUAUUCUUCCAAAACUGAUUGAUUAUGUAGCUAAACACUAGCAUAGCAAUAACAUUUGUUGUAACAUUCCUUGCUGAAAGUUGGGAAUCAGUAACGAUAAGCUGGAAUCAUGUAAUGUAUUUUGGCCAAAUCAA